AUGGAAUCAAGUUAAUAAUUUAAGCCAGAGAAAUCCCCUAAUGAUUCCAUUAUAUAGAAUCAAAAGUAAGUGAUUUAAGAAUUUAAUUUUAAUGAUAAAGCCCCCCUAGUGCCUCCUCAUUUGCUAAAGUAUUAUUAUAUAGAGGAAAAAGAGAAAAGAUUAAAUAAUAUGUGGAAUAAAGACAUUAGACCAUAAGGCUAAAUGGAACUUGAGGAUGCUAAACCUUAAAUAUCAUAACAAGAAAUAUUUGAUCACCUUAUUUAAAUUUUUAGCAAUGUCAAUUCAUUGUCCCCUCCACCUCAUGUAAAUUUAAAUCAUUUGGCUUGUGUAACUACAAACAAAAAUAGUCCCUUUAACGUAUAUGCCUUAACUCAUAGAUUCAAGGCCAAACAUACUACAAUUAAAUUUUACACUCAUAAAUAUUAAGAGAACAAACAGUAAUUAUUUGUAGUUUGA